GUGCUCUUCUCGACCCAUUCACCGCCUCUGUCAACAGGACGCAUUGAACACAUUGAAUUCUUCAAAAAGGCCUUCCUAAAAUAGCCCAGUGGCGAUUGCCGAGAUGGGAUCCAUCACGUAGCGCUAAAGGAGUCGAGGGUCGUAAGUGCAAGUGCGAUACACCGUCACCGUACAGCUCAAGCACCGCCGUUCCUCUUCCUCUUCCUCAAAUACAGCUCCCUGAGCCCCGCCCUACAGCCCCAUUCUCUUAUUUCUUUGACUUUCUUAUAACAACACGAUGGCUGACCAGUUGUCCGAAGAGCAAAUUUCCGAGUUCAAGGAGGCGUUCUCGCUCUUCGACAAAGACGGCGAUGGUACUAUCACCACGAAAGAGCUCGGCACCGUAAUGCGUUCACUAGGCCAGAACCCUACCGAAGCUGAGCUUCAAGACAUGAUCAACGAAGUCGACGCAGACGGCAAUGGGACGAUCGACUUCCCCGAGUUCCUCACCAUGAUGGCGAGGAAGAUGCGUGAUACGGAUAGCGAGGAGGAGAUCAAGGAGGCUUUCAAGGUCUUUGAUAAGGAUGGGAAUGGAUAUAUCAGUGCGGCUGAGUUGAGACAUGUCAUGACGAACCUUGGUGAGAAACUGUCUGACACCGAGGUCGAUGAGAUGAUCAGGGAAGCGGACGUCGAUGGUGACGGCCAGAUCAAUUACGAGGAGUUCGUAAAGAUGAUGCUGUCAAAGUGAUCGUUCACUUUCGCUUCCGGUUUCCUACCUCGGCCUUUCCCUCCUUCCGUUUGCUUAUCCAGUGUAAUUGUUGAUCUCGUCCGGCUCGUCGGUAUCCGUGGGGAGUAGUAGCAGUAAUAACAAACAGACAAGACAAGACAGAAGAGAAGAAUUCGAAAUUGUUUCAGUAUUCACGGUUCAUAUAUGCGUCUCGUAUAGUAUCUCUGGCUAUCGGUUUUCUCGUUAUAUAUCUCGCCUUUCACACUCGUC